AUGGCGUCGGAAGCCGCUGAACCACAAGCGUCGGAGACCCCUAUGCACGAUAUUCAAAAUGGCGACCCGGUGUCUGAUAGUGCUGGAGAGCCUCCUGCAAAGAAAGCAAAGUUAGAUGAUGCGCCUACGCCUGAUAACAACGCAAACAGCGGUGCUCCUCAGCGCAAGAGGGGCAUCGCUCCCGUUAAGCCAGAAUUUAUUAUCCCAAGGGCGACGAAAACCGAACCAGAAUUCAACGACGACGUCGCCGAGGCUGCACACCACAAGGAGCGUGACGGAGAAGAAGCAGGGAAGAAGAAAAACAAGAAGAAGCCUACUGGACAAAAUACACAUCGCACUUUUGGAUCGUCGCAAGACGAAAAGGGCUUGUGCCCAAGUAGAGUUUUUACACCCGAGUUCUCCCCGGGGGUAUGCCAAUGGGGUGAAAAGUGCCGCUAUGAACAUGAUCUACGAACCUACUUGAAGGAGUGCAAACGUGGUGAUCUUACAACUUUCAAUGGUGUGUGUCCAGUUUGGGAUACGAAAGGCAAAUGUUUCUCUGGUUGGAAAUGUCGUCUCGUGGGUUCGCACAUGAUCGAGCAGGAGACCGCAGAUGGGAGGAAGGAAUUGGUGCUGAUUGAGGACGAGGAGCGCAAGAAAAAGGCACAGCCACUCGUUCCAUUUGCUGCUGAAGAUGGUACUGCCAACAUCGCUUCGAUGGAAGCUAAGAUCGCAUUAAACCGGAAGAAGGCUAAGACGCCUCGGGCCGAUGCUUAUGGAAAAUGGCUAGACAAGGCUUCUAGAGAAUUAGAGAAAGUCAUCCAUAAUCGGCGCUUUGAUGAAGACCCGGAGGACGCUGGCGGGUUUAAGGAAGAGAAAGAAGAUAACCGGGCCCGUUAUAUUGAACCUCCGUUCUUACCAUCGGAGAAACGACGCAUCUACUUCGGCCCCGAGACCCCAGUUCUAGCUCCUUUAACUACGCAAGGAAACCUUCCAUUCCGAAGACUCUGUAUAGAGCUUGGUGCACAGUUCACCUACUCCGAAAUGGCCAUGAGUAUGCCCUUGGUCCAGGGUUAUAAAGGGGAGUGGGCCUUGAUGAGAGCUCAUGAGACGGAAAUGCUACCCCCAACCAUAUCUCCAGGGGCCGACAUAGUGCAAGGGUACGAUCAUGCAAAAGAUCUUCGAUUCGGAGCCCAAAUUGCGGCCAACAAAUCGUGGCAAGCGCUUAAGGCUACUGAGGCACUGUCUGCAUACACCCCAAACCUUCGUGUCAUUGAUUUAAAUUGUGGCUGCCCUAUUGACCUGCUCUUCCGUGAAGGAGCCGGGUCUGCUCUUCUUGAACACCCGGCAAGGCUGGAGAAAAUCCUUCGCGGUAUGAACGGAGUUUCACAAGAAAUACCUAUCACUGCCAAGAUCCGCAUGGGGACUAGAGACAACUCGCCCAACGCUCUCAGAGUUGCCGAACGCCUAAUCCUUGGAGGUUACGAGUCAAAUACCCUUGGGCUAGGCGCCCCGGGUGUGGCAGCCAUCACUCUCCAUGGACGAAGCAGGCAGCAGCGGUACACAAAACAGGCGGACUGGGAAUACAUUUCGGAGUGUGCCGCUCUUAUCAAGAGACUGAAUGAGCAAACGGAUCAUGUCGCGGAUACUAUACGAGAGCCGGAUCAACGGACCCAGCCGAAUGGAGGUAAGACUUACUUCCUUGGUAAUGGAGACUGCUACUCGCAUCAGGACUACGAUGACCAUGUAAACAAUGCUGGUGUUGACGGUGUGAUGGUUGGCCGAGGUGCUUUAAUCAAGCCUUGGUUAUUUGAGGAGAUCCAAGCAGGCCAGUACCUUGACAAGUCAGCGUCUGAGCGGUUAUCACUGGUCGAGAAGUUCGCCAAGUAUGGUCUGGAGACAUGGGGAUCAGAUGAGCAUGGAGUUGGUACUACGAGGCGCUUCCUGCUUGAAUGGAUGAGCUUCGCCUGCCGCUAUGUGCCUAUUGGAUUGCUUGAAUAUCUUCCACCGAACAUUCAGGAUCGGCCGCCCAGCUGGAGAGGUAGAAAUGAGAUGGAGACUCUUAUGGGCAGCCACAACUACAAGGACUGGAUCAAAAUCACAGAGAUGUUCCUCGGCCCAGCUCAUAAAGACUUUAAGUUCGAGCCAAAACACAAGUCCAACGCUUGGGAUGAGGAAGCGGAGGGUUAAAAGGAGAUGAUGUCACGAAAACAUUAGCAGUAAAGCAUAUAGAUUAGACAUGGCAGUGAUAUGUCCAUAUUGUAUAGAGAGUUCGUACCAUGGUCGUCCUCGGCACGUCACGGCCUCAGGCUUGAUGUUUCUUACCGCCAGCUUCAGGUUAGGCAGAAGCGUGUCACGUGUCAGUUAUUUCAGCUCCGGGCGGUGAUGACGUCUUCCCCUUCCGAGAGUGAAAAAGGACCACCUCAUCUUCACUGCUCUGAGUACACAACGCCUCUGAUCUCAUUCUUGUCCGGAAAUUUCACUUGUCUCCUGAUUCCAAGGCUCUGGAUUAUAUAUUCGGAGCUUGUCUCAGCCAUAACCUGAGUUCCUGAACCUUUCCUUGGCACUUAUUAUC